GCAGCGGGCGGCGCAGCGCUGCCGCCUACCCCCCCCACCCCCGGGAGCCCGGACAGCGCCCACCCGGUGCGACCCCCAGUUACGGCGGGGAGGGGGCAGAUCAGGCAGGGAGCAGGGCGGGGAGCGGGGAAGCGGAGUGGGAGGGCUGCGCGCAGAUGAGCCCCGCUCCUGCGAGAUGCUGCACGCCCAGCUCCCUGCCGGAGGGGGGUAGCAGCCUCCGCCGGCUCCUGCCUUUGCCAGGGCUGUUGCUGCCGCUGGACGCAUCCUUCUCCCGACAUGGAGCUGCUGCCGCCUCCGCCGCUGCUGGAGUGAGUGAGUGAGUGCGACGGGCAGAGCUAGCCGGCUGCAUGGAUGGAUGUGUUUAGCUUUGUGAAGAUUGGGAAGCUCUCCGGCCACAGGAACAAGUCUUCAGGCUGGCCUCACUCUUCAGGGACCUGGAGCUUGAACCAGGGGACACCAUAUGGAUGGGAGAUGACGGCAAACAGAGAUGGAAGAGACUACUUCAUCAAUCACAUGACACAAUCAGCCACAUUUGAAGACCCUCGAAUAGAGAGCUGCCAAAUAACCCCUCCAGCCCCUCGGAAGGUGGAAAUGAGGAGGGAUCCUGUGCUAGGAUUUGGGUUUGUGGCUGGUAGUGAAAAGCCAGUUGUUGUACGCUCAGUAACACCAGGCGGCCCCUCUGAAGGAAAACUUAUACCAGGGGAUCAGAUCAUAAUGAUUAAUGAUGAGCCAGUCAGCACUGCUCCAAGAGAGAGAGUCAUCGACCUUGUCAGAAGCUGCAAAGAAUCAAUCCUCCUCACUGUUGUUCAGCCUUACCCUUCUCCUAAAUCAGCUUUUAUUAGUGCUGCAAAAAAGGCAAGAUUGAAGUCCAAUCCUGUCAAAGUGCGCUUCUCAGAAGAAGUAAUUAUCAAUGGCCAGGUGUCGGAAACAGUUAAGGACAAUUCACUUCUUUUCAUGCCAAAUGUUCUGAAGGUGUACCUUGAAAAUGGACAAACCAAAUCUUUCCGGUUUGACUGCAGCACUUCAAUAAAGGAUGUCAUCUUAACACUCCAAGAAAAACUUUCCAUCAAGUGUAUUGAACACUUUUCCCUGAUGCUGGAGCAGAGGGUUGAAGGAUCUGGAACGAAACUCCUUUUGCUACAUGAACAGGAGACUCUAACUCAGGUGACCCAGAGGCCAAGCUCACAUAAGAUGAGAUGUCUUUUCAGGAUUAGCUUUGUCCCAAAGGAUCCCAUUGAUCUUUUAAGAAGAGAUCCAGUUGCUUUUGAAUAUCUUUAUGUACAGAGCUGUAACGACGUGGUCCAGGAAAGAUUUGGACCGGAACUGAAAUAUGACAUUGCCCUGCGGUUGGCUGCAUUACAAAUGUAUAUUGCAACUGUGACCACCAAGCAAACUCAGAAAAUUUCUCUCAAAUAUAUAGAAAAAGAAUGGGGAUUAGAGACUUUUCUUCCAUCUGCUGUGCUGCAAAGCAUGAAAGAAAAGAACAUAAAGAAAGCACUUUCACACCUUGUCAAAGCAAAUCAAAACCUAGUUCCUCCGGGUAAAAAGCUAUCUGCUCUGCAAGCCAAGGUGCAUUAUCUAAAGUUCCUGAGUGAUCUACGAUUAUAUGGAGGGCGUGUUUUCAAGGCAACACUAGUGCAGGGAGAAAAGCGUUCAGAAGUGACUCUGUUAGUAGGGCCACGUUAUGGAAUCAGUCAUGUGAUAAACACCAAAACGAACCUGGUGGCUCUCCUGGCAGACUUCAGCCAUGUGAACAGGAUUGAGAUGUUUACAGAAGAUGAAAGCAGCGUUAGAGUUGAGCUGCAUGUCUUAGAUGUAAAACCAAUUACUCUGCUGAUGGAGUCAUCAGACGCAAUGAAUCUUGCUUGCCUAACAGCUGGAUACUAUAGACUGCUGGUUGACUCAAGGCGCUCAAUAUUUAACAUGGCCAACAAGAAAAAUACAGGGAGCCGAGAAACAGGAGCUGAAAAUAGAGGGAAGCUUAAUCUCCUCGCUUCAGAGUGGAAUUGUAUACCAAAAACUACCACUUUCCUAGCCGAAGGAGAUCAAGAGACUCAAGUGGCCUUUGCUGAUCCAAAACAGAAGAGUCUAGAUGUUUCUGAAAGUCUGUUAUGUCAAAAAGAACACAGACAUCUGUACAUAGAAAAUGCUUAUAAUUCAGGUGGAUUUGAUCAGCAUCUGGCUAAGCAAAGUGACCCCACUGAAGCAGAAGAAAGCAGAAAUUUUAAUCAGCCUUCACUGCUGUCACUCUCAGGUUUGGAAUCUAGCAAGAAAGCACAGGAUUCCCCCAGGGGAGCAAAAGUUUCUUUUAUAUUUGGAGAUCACAACUUGGAUGGCAUCAAUCCCCAGACUCUUGGCUAUGAAAGGCUUUUGGAUGAAAGUCCAGAAGUACUAGAAAAACAAAGAGCCAUUUAUAUUAGUAAUGCCAAUGACAUUAAAGGCCUGGAGUUGGCACAAGAUGCUGAAAGCAUUCAGUUUGCUACAAAUUCUGUUUAUGCAACUAUAAAUGAUGGUAAAAUAUUUGGAACUGCGGAAGGGAUAGAAGAGCCUUUGCUGCAUGAUAUUUGUUAUGCAGAAAACACAGAUGAUGCUGAAGAUGAAGAUGAAGUAAGCUGUGAAGAAGACAUUAUGGUAGGAGAAAUCAAUAGACCUGCUCUCCUCAACCUUUCUGGUUCUAGUGAUGACAUUAUUGAUUUGACUUCACUUCCACCUCCAGAAGGCGAUGAUAAUGAAGAUGAUUUCCUAUUGCAUACAUUAAACAUGGCAAUUGCUGCUCCUCCACCUGGCUUCAGGGACAGUUCAGAUGAGGAAGACUCUCAGAAUCAAGCAACACAGCCUAGAGACAACAAGGAGCAAGCCAGUAAUCUAGGCAAUGAUGACAUUCCAGUGUCGCUUAUCGAUGCUGUCCCUACUAAUACAGAGGGAAAGUGUGAGAAGGGGCUAGAUGAUGCUGUAGUCUCUACGCUUCAAGCACUAGAAGCUUUGGCUGCUUCAGAGGAACAGCAGACGAAUGACAAUUCAGGUGUAGCUAUCCUGCGAGCAUAUAGCCCUGAGUCAUCCUCAGAUUCUGGCAAUGAAACAAAUUCCUCUGAAAUGACUGAAAGCUCUGAACUAGCUGCAGCACAGAAACAGUCGGAGAACACUGCACGUAUGUUUUUGACCACAAGUGAAGGCUACCAACCCCUUGUGGAAGAGCAGACUGAAUUUCCCAUUGCUAAGAAUCAGGCUGGAGGGCAAGGCAUGAAGCCCUCGCAGCCUUUGGCUGGUCGUCAGGCUGCAGAGCUACAGUCAAAAGUUGUGCCUUCAAAGCAGAUUCUUCAUUCAGAUAACAUGGAAAUGGAGCCAGAAACCAUGGAAACAAAAUCUGUCACUGAUUAUUUUAGCAAAUUGCACAUGGGAUCCUUGGUAUAUUCUUGCACUAGUAAAAGGAAAAAUAAGAUGACAGACAGCGAAGUAAAAGCACCCUCUGAUGGCAGUGCUACUGUGAAAAAGCAACAGGGAACUAAAAAAGCAGAGACUGAUGAAGAUCUAAAAGCUAAAUUUGGAACUCUUUCAGCAAGAGACAGUCAACGCUUAAGCACUUUUAAUGUGGAAAGAACUGCCUUUCGCCAAAGAUGGUAUGCUGCCGAUGAUGGGGCAGCAGAUAAGCCAAGCCCAGAAACAGUGAACGGGAAGACUUUUCCAAGAGUUCCUGUCCUUGGUAAAACAGAAACUGACUGUAAGGAUGAAGUGGAUCCUGAGGUGGAUCAGGAUGAUACCUCGAGGCUUAGCCAAGGUGAAAACUUUCUGUCAGAUAUGACUCCAGUGUCUUCAGCCAAAGACCUAAAUGAUGCAGAAGAUACUGAUUUAUCUGCAGAUGACCAUCCUUCAAAGCUUCCAGAAGCUGAGCAGAGUGUGGCGAGACUUUGUGAAUAUCACUUGGCUAAGCGCAUGUCAUCUCUGCAAAGUGAAGGCCAUUUCUCACUGCAAAGCUCUCAGUGCUCUUCUGUGGAUGCAGGAUGCAGCACAGGCAGUAGUACAUGUGCUACUCCCGUUGAAUCUCCUCUUUGUACCUCUGAUGUUAAGCACAUUAUCUCUGACUCAUCAAUGAAGGGCAUUGCCUAUAUUCCAGCAGAUGAAAGAGCUGCCAUUCUUCCAAACCAUGGAACGACAUACAAGGACCUGCACCAGCAGCCUGAAGCUGUGUGUCACAGAAUGACAGUGCCUGUUGUGCAUUCAGCAAUUAAUGCUGAACCACUGUUUGGCACUUUGAGAGAAGGAUGUCAUCGGAUCCCGAAGAUAAAAGAAACUACAGCUUUCACAGAGCCUGGAAAGGGAAGACAAGGAGGCAUGCCUACAGCUUUUCCUAGACAGCCUCUAGCUGACUCCAUCAUGCUAUCAUCCAUGCUAUCAGAAUCAAAGGUGCCAAGUAAAAAUCAAGACUCUUGUGACAUUCCCAAAGUAAAUCAGGCUUGUGGGGCAACAGUUAGUUUACGGCCAUAUGACAUGAUAGGAGGAAGCCUCAGGAUGCCGCACAACAGGAAAGUGCUGAGACGCAGCAGCAGCAGCAGCAGCAUUGGAGGAACUGCAGGCAUUGAGAUGCUGUUUGAAAAGAAGGCAGCCACAGCUAGCUUGAAAUGCUUGGACAUCACCCAAAGGGAGGAAUCCAAAACUGAAAGAAAGGUGGAACUCCCCCUGGGCAAAAAGCUGUCAAAAAGUUAUUCCCAGAGCUGUGUCUACGUCAGCACUGAUAGGAAGGACAAUAAGAGGUGUUCGGGCGCAGGCGCCAGUCAGAAGGACUCCAAGCAGUGUCGAACAUUGCCCUUGAGGAAGCUGGACACCAGCACCUGGAGGUGUCGUGGCCCCUUUAGCUAUUGUUUCCUAAGCAGAGGCAGUGAUGACAAUGAUGAUGAAGAUGAUGGAGACAGUCAUCAGCUCUCAUGUCUCUUUGAAGAGCAGAUCCCGCGUGAGCUUGCAGAACCAGUUGGUCAGUUGUUUUCCAGUGAAAAUGAGCAGAAAGUCUUGGAGUCCCCAAAAGCUGCUGAGCCCCCACAAGAUGAGGCAGUCAACGUGCAUGAGAAGAGCAGUGCUGACAUCCAAGAUGGCCAAAUUGAUGUGAAUCUCAAUGAUGUGGCCUUUGAUGCACGAAUCACACGAAUAAAUGUGAUGAAAGAGAAGAUAUAUUCAAUGCCUGAUGGUUUUAUUGCAGCACAAAAGGAUGCCAAUGAGCUACUCUCACUGGUCCGAGCAAGUAUGGGCAAGAGAGAAGAUUUACACCCAGAAACAUAUGACCUUAAACUUUCUAAGUACAAACAACUGUUAUCUAUGGAAUCGAGACAGUUGGGAAGUGCCUGCAGGAAAAUGGCCAUGGCUGAUAAAAGCCCUGAGGAAAUGCUUUUAGCUAUGACUUCCAGCUUUCAAGUACUCUGUUGCUUAACAGAAGCCUGCAUGCGUUUAGUUAAAGUCAUGAACUCUGAAACACAGCAGCAGGAAAUUAUAGCUAAGAUAGACAAGGUUGUGAUAAACUACAUUUGUCUUCUGAAGGCUGCAGAAGCAGUGUCAGGCAAGACCUCCAGUGAUCCUAGCAUUAAACUCUUGGCUCAACAUUCGACUACCAUGGCCGCUAUUGUAAGCACACUAACACGUUCUCUUAAAAUGCUUUUAAACAAAUAAAAUAAAAAGUCACUUCAUAAUCUACCUUUGCAAAGCCAUACAUAAAAAAAACCUUUUAUUUACUGUAUGUGUAUGAACUAAUGUAACAAACUCAGCUUUCUCUGUAUAUUUUGUUAUUUUAUAUAAAAUAGGUAUGAGAUUUUAAAAAAAAAAAGUUAAAACACUGAACACUGACAAAAGUAAUGACCAGAUUUGUCCUUUUGCUUAUACAAAAACAAAAGCCAAAACCACCCUCUCCCCAAGACCAGAAAAACAAACAGAAAAAUUCCCAUAUAGGAGCAAAUUGAUGUUUGGCUAUUUUUCUUAUAGUCAAAUAUCUGGUUGUAUGAAGUGAACUUUUAGAGCUUGUUAUGUCAAUGAAGUGUUUUAUGUUUCAUCCAAGUUUUCACUUGGAGAAUGCUCCAUGUUUAGAAAUGAGAAAUUAAAUCAUAAUGUAUAUAACACAAUAUUUAAUGUUUUAAAAUCAUAAUUUUUAAGCAUUGAAAAUAGCAAAAAGACAUUUAAAGUCCAAGAGACUAUUAUAACUUACUAGAGAGUAUAUACAUAAUAAAUGACUUUUGUUCAUAUGGCCUGAAUUACCUGAUUCUUCUCUUCUAGGAAGUUCUAUAUUUAAAAAAGUAUUGAAAAUACCAAGUUCAGAGGGUAUCUGAUGUAUUGAACAUUACAGUGUUGCAUUUCAGGUAGUGAAGGUAACUGUGGAAGACUGAGGACACAGAAACCAGAGUGGUGGUGUUCUCUCUGAAAUUAAAGUUUUACGCCAUACUGGUCAGACCAGAGUGUAUAGGGCAGGUCUACACCCUCCUUUCCCUGGAAAAUGAGAGAGAGGACCGUCAGGAAAUUCCUAUGCUGUUUACUGUUUCAUCAUGUAUCUAUGGUGCAUCAGAACAACAUGAACUGCAUCUAUUUUGUUAAAUAUUUUAUACUUCAUAUUUUAUGAUUCUGAAUGUUUAACUGUAAAUAAGUUAGAAAUAAAAUUAAGUUUUCAGAAUAUAAUAAAUAUCUCUGAAAUAUUUCCAGCCAGAGACAGUUCUUCUCUGAGUGAUGACAAAGGCAAUUUGUGAAUAAUCUCUCCCACCUGAACUCUUCUGAAAAACAUUUUGUAUUCUUGCAUUUGAGAGACAGUCAAAGCUAAAGCUCUUUCACCUGACAUAGAUUUUCACAAGAGCAUCUUUUAAACUUCCGAGU